CAGUCUACCGCGAGCCUGCACCGUAGCAAGUUCCUUGCAUAAUACAACUGUAGUCGAGCGAGUCUGGCGUUUCGCGAGAUCGGCGAUGAGUGACGAGUCGCCCUGAAUGAAAAAGUACAAUAAAAAAUAAUUUUCGAAAAAUUGGUGUGCCGCGGUAUUGAAAGAGUGCGAAUAUCUCGGCCGCGGAGGAUCGAUCAUCUCGUAUUUUUAUUCGUUCAGCGAUAAAUGAUCGAUCAAUGAGUGCCUCGGUCGAUCGAAACUCGAUCGUUUUCUCGAGUGAGUGAAGAGACGGCGGGGAAAAUCUCAGGAACAACGAUUCUUGCAACGAUGGCAACUCCGACGGUUAAAUUACGAAUAAUGUGGCAAUGUUGGAUUCUCGUACUCUGUGCAACAGGAAUAUUUGGCGCCAUCUUCGAGCCGAAGAGCAUCAGCAUCGACGCACCAUCCAACAAUCGUGAAAUAACCCCUGGAACGACGAUUCUCAGGUUCGCCUGUCCCGUGGGAUUUUUCCGACUGAAUAGAAAAUGCUACUACUUGAGUGCAGGUACCGCGACCUGGCAGCAGGCACACUUCCAUUGCAAAGACAGAAAUUCGACACUGGCAGCCCCGGACAAGAAGGGAAAGGACAGAAAACUGAGGAAAUACCUGAUGGGCGACCAGUUCGCGAAAUUGGAGCGAUGGAUCGGGGGAAUUUACGACUGGCACGGAAUGACCUGGAACUGGGGUUUGUCAGGUGAAAAAAUUUUAUUCCACAAUUUCGAAAAGCUCGAGGAGGGAGAUCCGAAGCAAUACGCGUGGCAUUGCAUCGUGAUGGAUCCGAGAAUCGAGUACAAAUGGAGGCCAACGAGCUGCGUGAAAAGGAAACAUUACAUAUGCGAGGUUCCUGCAGGACGAAUAGAACGAAGACGCAGAUACGGAUACGAUUCGAGUUCCGCGCCUCAGAAUCAACGAAUGAAGCCGAGAAAGGGAAAAAAAUAUACCAAAAACGAGAGAAAAAUUCGCAGGAGAAAUCGAGCGCGAAACGAGUGGAAGGGAGACAGAGAUGUGCAAAACAGAAACGAACAAUGGGCGAAUGGGGUCAAAUUGGGAUCGCGACCGCCAGCCAAUAUGAGAGCGAUGAACGGAACGAGACGAGGCAACAGGAAGAGACACCGCGGAUCAACCAGACUGCAUCCGGGGAGCAACACACCGAAAAUAACGCAAAUAUUGUCGCAGGGUCAGGAGUAUGGUUCAUAUUUGGGCGACGGUCCAGCGAGAACGCAGCAUCAAGCACUGUCGGAGGACACUGCGGCGAUUAAUCAAUUUCAUGCGAAACUCAACGAUCUCUCGCUCGAGGAGAUUUUAUUAAAAACGUGAAAUAAUUGAGGACCGAAAAACAAAGUUAAUUAUCGGUUCCGUAAGGACUCUCUGUUUCUUUACCGACUGAAUAUAAUUUAUUAGAAAGUCGAACGUCCGUCAUGUAAAUUAGAUGAAACAAAAAGGGAUAAGCGGAACGGAUGAAAAGGAGCGAAAAGAUGGGACGAAAAAAUAGUGAAAUUUUUUCGUAGAAUACAUUGACGAGAGAAACGCAGACGCAGAAGCCUCGAUUUCUAACUUUAUUUUUUCAAUCUAAGACCAGUUACUUAUCCUCGUGCCAUGUCAUUUGUUUCCAUGUUCUAUUCGUUUUCUUAUAUUCGAAAAGUAUCGCUAAACCUUAGCAACGUAUGAGCGAUAUGAUCUCGAUCGCAAGACAGUCCCCGAUUUCGAACUGUCUGCCUGAGACGCUUGCAUUAAUUUUCAUUAUUAUGUCGUCGUUUCGUAACUCAUGUAGAUGAAAAAGAAAAAAUCAUGCCAGCGAUCGAUCUAGUCGAAUCGCCCACGUUGAUUCCUCUUUCUCUCUCUCUCUCUCUCUCUCUCUUCAUCGUGUAAUAUUAGCGUAGGAAAGACUCUGCAUGUUUUCGGACAUUUUUUUAUAUUUAUUCUUUUUAUACGUUAAAAAGGAAAUUCGAGAAAAACAACGCUGAAACGUGGAUCGUUGCAACGUUGCAGCAUUUAUUCCCUUCAAUAGUGCCCAAAGUUUUUUUUUAUUUAAGCUGCGAGAGAUUUGAAAUUUUCUUAUUUAAUGUUCAAUAAUGUCGACUGAUUUAGUCACUGCAACGCAAUGGAUUUUUGUGCCACGAAUAUAUUUCGAAUGAAAAUCAUAAAUUAUUCCUUCCAUUUUACGAUUAUGUGUAAAAUUGAUGUAUAUAAUUGAUUUUUUCUAUUAUUCAAGGUCGCACAGCUCGACAGACUAUGUACGAUAUGAAUAAACUUGUCCGAGUCAUGAA